GAUGUACCUGCAGAUAUGGUUGCAGAAGAAUCAGGUCCUGGUGCACAAAACAGUCCAUAUCAACUUCGCAGAAAAACUCUUUUACCUAAAAGAACAGCUUGCCCUACAAAGAGCAGCAUGGAGGGUGCCUCCACUUCAGCUACUGAAAACUUUGGUCACCGAGCUAAACGUGCUAGAGUAUCUGGAAAAUCCCAAGAUUUAUCAGCAGCGCCUGCAGAACAAUACCUUCAGGAGAAGUUGCCAGAUGAAGUGGUUCUAAAGAUCUUCUCCUACCUGCUGGAGCAGGAUCUCUGUAGAGCAGCUUGUGUCUGUAAACGCUUCAGUGAGCUGGCUAAUGAUCCAAUUUUGUGGAAAAGAUUGUAUAUGGAAGUAUUUGAGUACACUCGUCCAAUGAUGCAUCCUGAACCUGGUAAAUUUUAUCAGAUUAAUCCAGAAGAAUAUGAACAUCCAAAUCCCUGGAAAGAAAGCUUUCAGCAACUGUACAAAGGAGCACAUGUAAAGCCAGGUUUUGCUGAACACUUCUACAGUAAUCCUGCAAGAUACAAAGGAAGAGAAAAUAUGUUGUAUUAUGACACCAUUGAGGACGCUCUUGGUGGAGUUCAAGAAGCUCAUUUUGAUGGACUUAUCUUUGUUCACUCUGGUAUAUAUACAGAUGAAUGGAUAUAUAUAGAAUCUCCAAUCACCAUGAUCGGUGCAGCACCUGGAAAAGUAGCAGAUAAAGUUAUAAUAGAAAACACUAGAGAUUCCACCUUUGUUUUUAUGGAGGGUUCUGAAGAUGCCUAUGUUGGAUAUAUGACAAUCAGGUUCAACCCUGAUGACAAAUCUGCUCAACACCACAAUGCACACCACUGCUUAGAGAUUACGGUGAACUGCAGUCCAAUUAUAGAUCACUGUAUUAUUCGAAGUACUUGUACGGUUGGCUCUGCAGUAUGUGUUAGUGGCCAGGGAGCUUGUCCUACUAUUAAACACUGUAACAUCAGCGACUGUGAAAAUGUUGGACUCUAUAUUACAGACCACGCACAGGGGAUAUAUGAGGACAAUGAGAUCUCCAAUAACGCAUUAGCAGGGAUUUGGGUUAAAAACCAUGGCAAUCCCAUCAUCAGACGGAAUCACAUCCAUCAUGGACGUGAUGUUGGCGUUUUCACUUUUGACCACGGCAUGGGUUAUUUUGAAAGCUGCAACAUACACAGAAACAGGAUAGCAGGUUUUGAAGUGAAAGCUUAUGCCAAUCCCACAGUAGUUCGGUGUGAAAUCCAUCACGGCCAGACCGGAGGAAUCUACGUUCAUGAAAAAGGAAGAGGACAGUUCAUAGAGAACAAAAUCUAUGCAAACAAUUUUGCAGGUGUUUGGAUUACCUCAAACAGUGACCCAACAAUAAGGGGCAAUGCAAUUUUUAAUGGGAAUCAAGGUGGUGUUUAUAUCUUUGGUGAUGGAAGAGGCCUUAUUGAAGGAAAUGACAUUUAUGGUAACGCAUUAGCAGGAAUACAGAUUCGAACAAACAGCUGUCCCAUAGUUCGACACAACAAGAUCCAUGAUGGGCAGCAUGGUGGAAUUUAUGUACAUGAAAAAGGACAAGGCGUGAUUGAGGAGAACGAAGUUUACAGCAAUACUUUGGCUGGAGUCUGGGUGACAACAGGGAGCACUCCAGUCUUGAGGAGAAACAGAAUACACAGCGGGAAACAAGUUGGAGUUUAUUUUUAUGACAAUGGCCACGGCGUUUUAGAAGACAAUGACAUCUACAAUCACAUGUACUCAGGGGUUCAGAUAAGAACUGGAAGCAACCCCAAAAUUAGACGCAACAAGAUCUGGGGUGGUCAGAACGGUGGUAUUCUUGUCUACAAUUCUGGGCUUGGAUUUAUAGAAGACAAUGAAAUUUUUGAUAAUGCAAUGGCUGGUGUAUGGAUUAAAACAGACAGUAAUCCUACACUAAGAAGAAAUAAAAUCCAUGAUGGAAGAGAUGGAGGCAUCUGUAUAUUUAAUGGGGGAAGAGGUCUUCUGGAAGAGAAUGAUAUCUUCAGGAACGCUCAAGCCGGUGUUCUGAUCAGCACCAACAGCCACCCUGUGCUAAGGAAAAAUCGGAUAUUCGAUGGAUUCGCUGCAGGUAUUGAAAUAACAAAUCAUGCCACUGCGACAUUAGAAGGCAAUCAGAUUUUCAACAACCGCUUCGGCGGUUUAUUUCUAGCGUCUGGAGUCAACGUCACGAUGAAAGACAACAAAAUAAUGAACAAUCAAGAUGCCAUAGAAAAGGCUGUCAGCAGAGGCCAGUGUUUAUAUAAGAUAUCAAGUUACACCAGCUACCCAAUGCAUGAUUUCUACAGGUGUCACACCUGCAACACCACAGACCGCAAUGCCAUCUGUGUGAACUGCAUCAAGAAGUGCCAUCAAGGACACGACGUAGAGUUCAUUAGACACGAUAGGUUUUUCUGUGACUGUGGUGCUGGAACACUGUCUAAUCCGUGUACACUUGCUGGAGAGCCUACACACGAUACAGAUACACUAUAUGACUCUGCUCCACCUAUAGAAUCUAAUACAUUGCAGCACAACUGAAUUCCUUUCAGAAAGCAAGUCCUGCCAUUCUAAUAUCAUAACUGUUCAACCAUUUUUUUUUUGGAGGAAGUUAUACUUGCCCAUUUCUGCAGAAAGAGACUGUAUUAAAAGUGGAUGUGUGAGGUGUUGACACUAUGGAGCUCAACCUACCAAAAAAGAAAGUGGCAAUAUGUUGACUCAGGAUAACAGAACUGGGCGUUUUAAGCAUUACUGUGUAAACAAAAACAAACAAAAAAACAAACAAAAGACUUUGGAAGGGACAGAAGUGAAGAAAAAAAAAAAGAAUGAAAUAAAAACAAAUGAAAUAAAAUUAAAAAAAAGCUGCAAUUUUGUACAGAUACCAACUUCUGCAAGCUGGUGUUUUUACAAGUAGCAUUGAAGCGCAGUCCAAGUUGCAGUAGUACUUAUUCUGUAGACAAGCAGCAUUCUUUUGUUGCUGCCUUUAUGGACAUGGGUACCAAUUGCUUUUGU